AUGGCCGACUCAGUAGACCGGGUCUUCAGCCAUGCGCUCAACACAGUAAACAAGAUCCGCACGGGGUCGCAGAAGCCGCCCUCGGCGACACGGCUACGGCUGUAUGGACUCUACAAGCAGGCCAUGGAGGGCGAUGUCGACGGCAUCAUGGACCGGCCUGAGGGCAACAAUGAGCAAGAGCAGCGCGCGCGCGAGAAAUGGCACGCCUGGAAACAGCAAAACAACCUCUCGCGCACAGAGGCAAAGCGCCGCUACAUCACCACCCUCAUCGAUACCAUGCACCAGUACGCCUCGCCCUCGCCCGACUCCCGCGAACUGGUCGCCGAACUCGAAUUCGUCUGGGACCAGGUCAAAUCCAACGUCCCCUCCUCGUCCUCCUCGUCGCCACUGCAGACCCUCGACCAGGUAGGGACAGGCAUGUCCGCGAGCUAUUCAGCCCUCGAACAGCAACGCAUCUCCAAAGAGCAAGACGAAUACUCCAACCAGGACGACGAAGAUCAGCCCCUCGAAAUCAAAUAUCCCAUGUCUCAGAGCGAAGAAGACCUCGAAGCUGAGGAAGCAGACAUGGAGCGCGAGGAGUUCGUCGACGCUCCCGACUCUCAGUACGCACUGCAGCUCUACCGCACCGGCGCCAUGGACCACAACCUCUCCGAAGCAAACACCCAACCGCCCUCCCAACGCCCAACACAGUCACCGACAGUUCCCCGUCGAGAACUACAGCAAGCAACAACACCAACACCACAGCCUCGGCUGCGCUCCAUCAUCCCACAGCCCAUCCCAUUACCGACCUUCACCACGCCCACAGCUGCACCGAGCAAGGCAGACACACCCUCCGCUGCAGACCUCAAGUGGCGCAAACGUGUCGAGUCGAGCCUGAUGAAGAUGACGGCUGAGGUUGCAGCGCUGCGCGAACAGCUCGAAGCGCGGCGUCUGUUCCAACACCGCGUGCACUACCGCUUCUUCCGCGCCAUCUGGCGCUUCGUGUGGGCGAGCGUCAAGCACAUAGCCGUCGACUUGCUGGUGCUGGCGCUGGUUUUGGGCUGGAUGAGGCGGCGAGGGGAUCGCAGGAUGGAAGGCGCCGUCCGCGUGCUACUGGGCGAUGCGGUGGCACAAGUCCAGGGCCUGAGGGGUGGCGCGUUGGGGAAUCUACCAAAGGUCCCUGCGCUGCCCAUUCCUAAACUGCCUGGCUUGGGGAAGAAGAGCGCGUGA